GUGUAGUUACAGCUGUGGCUCUGCUGGGAGCCAUCCUUCAUAGCGUGAUUUUGCCCUCAACAAAUGUCCCAGCCUUGAAGUGAAUACUGAAAAUCCAAGUGACCCAAGAGCCAGCUGCAGGAAAAUGUAAUGUUCCUGUGCAAUACUUGGUAUCAUAAGUGCUAUGAUCCAUAUGUUCCAAAGAGCCAACAACAAAUGUCUGCAGGAUCAGAAAGUGAGGUUUCAGGAAGGUUCUGAAGGUCAGUGCAAUGUCUGACAACGAGGAGGCACAAACCAGUGAGGAAGAAAAGGAGACAACAGCACCAUCAGACCUGUCCCCAGAGGCCACAGAGCAGGAGGACAGCCCCGCUUCAACCCAAGUGGAGGAGAUCGACAGUGAUGCUGAAUGGGACACUGACCUGGAACCUGAUGAUGCAGACCAGAGGGCCAGACGGGUCACUCCCACUGAGCUCUACCUCCAUGCUUGCCAGCUGUGUGGUGCGGUGCCUGCCUCCUUCUACAUGCGCCGGCUGGGAAACUCCACCCUCAAAAUGAACCACCAUGGCCUGGGACCCCUGGGGGCCAAAGCCCUGGCUAUCGCCCUGGUGUCUGACCUUGAUGUCAUCCAUCUGGAGCUGGAGGAUAACUUCCUGCAGGCAGAGGGAACGCACUACCUCAUGGAGAUGCUGAAUGAGAACUUCACCAUCCAGAGUGUGAAUCUCUCCAACAACCAUCUUCAGUCAAAGGGAGUUAAAUGCAUCACCAAAUUGCUGGCAGAAAAUGUUUCCGUCAAAUCACUGAAAAUGUCAGGAAACGGGUUUGUAGAUGAAGAUGCCAGAACAUUUGCAGAAGCUUUUGCCAACAACUACAGGGUGAAGGAAUUGGUCCUGAGUCACAACCAGUUGUGUGAAAAGGGAGGACAUUAUCUUGGACAGAUGUUGGGCAACAAUGAGGGAAUAGAGGCACUGGACCUGAGCUGGAACCACCUGAGGAUGAGUGGAGCUGUGGCCUUGUGUGCUGGUCUGAAGGUGAACGUGACCCUGAAGCAGCUGGACUUGUCCUACAACGGCUUUGGCAAUGUCGGGGCCCAGGCUCUGGGCGAGGCUUUGCACCACAACAACACCCUGGUGCUGCUGGAUGUCAGCAGCAACCGCAUCAGCGACGAGGGCACUCGGGUGCUCUUCCAGGGCCUCGCCGCCAACGACAGCCUCAGGGUCUUACGGAUGGCCUCUAACCCCAUAACAAAAGUUGGAGCUUUGGCUUUGCUCACCUCCAUGAAGAACAACCCCAAAUCAGCCCUGGAGGAGGUUAACAUCUCAACUGUGCUGGUGAAUGAGCAGUUUGUGGAGCUGCUAGACACGAUCCUUCAGGACCACUCAACUCUGGUGGUCCAGUACCAGGGAGUGAGCGGGUCCAUUACCAGGAAUAAGAAGCCCUCAGAUGCCCUCAAGAUCUUCCAGGGCUACCUGGAUGAGAGAAAGGAAAGUUUUAUGGAUUUCUUCCAAACGUUGGAUAAGGAGGGAACAAUGCAGGUGUCUAACUCAGACUUUAGGAAAGCUGCACAGCAAGCUUGCAUACUUCUGGAUAAGCACCAGCUCGAGUGGUUGAUCCAAAACUUUGACAUGGAAUGCACAGGCAAAAUCAAUUAUAGGUGAGUCUGAUGGUGAAAGUGCAUUUCCCAAUGGAAUAUGACUGAGCU